AUGGGCCAGGGGGUCUUUGGCGAGCCCGGCAGCCCCCCGAGCAGCGGGAGCAGCAAAGCCCAGGGCAGCCCUGGCACUGCCAGCCCCUGGGGCCACGGGCCGGGGCUGACCACACUCGUCUUCUUCCACUUGGAGAUGGACCCAAAAACUCAGCAGAUCACAGAGAUAGCGGCAGCCAACGGCGAUCACACCUUCAAGACCGUCAUCCGGACACCUGAGUCCAUGCUCACGCUGCUCUCUCAGGGAGUCUCCUUGGAGACAGCCAUGGAGCAGUUCCUCUGGUACCUCUACUCCGUUCCCGGGCCCAUCCUCGUCACCUACAACUUCUGGGAACCAGAGCUGCCCGCUCUCUUUAAAGCCCUGGAUGCUACAGCCAAGAAGGUGGACUUCUGCCACACCGUGGGUGGUUACUUGGACAUGUUGCCCUUGAUCAAAGAGAAGGUUCCCAAGGCACCUUCCUACAAGCUGAAGAACCUGGUGAGAAGGUAUCUCCGUCAGCAGCUGAACAAAGGCAGCGCUUUGGCCACCACCAAGGCGCUGCAGACGCUGGGGCAAGUCCUGGAGCUCUUCCCCAACCCUGACCCAGCGCCCACGAUGACACACUGCAACCUGCAGAGUUACACGGUCCUGCAGAGCCUGGUACAGGAGAAACUCCUCACCAGGAGAGCUGCCAAGGUCCUGGCCAGGCGUAACCUCAUCCUCUGGGAGCUGGAGCAGGCGUAGGCAGCGGUGCUGGAGCUGUUGCACUGUAGUAUGGUGACAGUGACAGUGUCCAGCYGAUCCCACCGCAGAUGCUCGCGGAACUAACUGAAUUAACAUCUCAAAAU